UGUAUAUAUACAAGAGAGAGAUCAACUAGCUUUCAUAUGAUCCCCUUUUCUAUACUUUUCCCAGCUGCGUUUUCUCUGCAACUUUAAUUCUGCCCACAACCCCUUUCAGUCAUAUGAAAUAGAUGGAGUUUAAUAGGACGAUGAGCAUUUUAAAUAGAAAUUCGAUCAUAGUCUUCAUAAUCUUUUUCACCCUUCUGCACCUAAUAACCACAGCAAGAUCAGCUUCAUUUAAGAAAGAAAGAGUGCUUGAUUAUGAUGGAUUCAAUGACAGCCAUCGCUCAUCACUCACCCUCUUGGGGACGGAUUCCGAUAUUGAUCAGGGAGCUCUUCAGCUAACUCCUGACACCAUCAACGAUGGUAUGAUUGGUAUCCACUAUAACAAAUCUGGUCGCAUUAUGUACAACAAACCCUUCAGGCUUUGGUCGUCAAAUGACACCUUGGCCUCCUUCAGCUCAGCCUUUGUCAUCAACAUCUACAGGGAAGAGAAUUGGACUGCUGGUCAUGGCCUUGCUUUUCUCAUAGCCCCCAAUAUUUCAAGUAUUCCAGACAAUAGUUACGGCCAAUGGCUUGGUCUCACCAAUGCCUCCACCGAUCGUAGUGAAGACAACCAAAUUGUAGCCAUUGAAUUUGAUACCGCAAGGCAGCCAGAUAUAGAACCAGAUGACAACCAUAUCGGGCUCGACAUCAACUCCAUUAACUCAGUGAAGGUUGCUUCUCUCAGUGACUAUAAUAUUACAUUAUCACCAGAAGUAGGCACCAAUUACUUACUCUGGGUUGAUUACAAUGGUACGUCCAAGCUGAUAGAGGUUUACAUGGCGAAAGAAUGGCAAGAUAAACCCUUAAAACCCAUUCUCAGCGACAUCAUUAACCUGAAGGAAUACCUGAAACAAGAUUCCUACUUCGGUUUCGCUGGUUCAACAGGUGACCCACAGAUCCAGUUGAAUUGUGUCUUGAAAUGGAGCCUGGACAUAGAUAUUCUGCCCAGGAAUGAAGAAUCGAAUUGGUUGAAGAUUGGUCUCGGGAUAGGUGUCCCUGGGGUGACAUUGCUGCUGGCCAUCCUAUUUAUUGUUGUGUACAAGAGAAGAAGCAAAGGCUUGGUUGAAGCUGCUGAUCAGUUUGGCAAAUUGAAAUGGCUGCCUGGAAUGCCAAGAGAGUUCAAGUACAAGGAGUUGAAGAAGGCCACCAACAAUUUUGACGAGAGUACGAAGCUUGGUGAGGGUGGGUUUGGUAUAGUCUACAAAGGCAUCAUCUAUCUCCAUGACAAGGAUAAUAACAAUAGCAGUAGCAAUAAUCACAACUCCAACCAAGUGGCUGUCAAGAAAUUCUCAAGAGAUAAUAUCAAAAGCAAGGAUGAUUUCCUGGCUGAGCUCGCCAUCAUUCAUCGUCUUCGCCAUAAAAAUCUUGUCCGCUUAGUUGGUUGGUGCUACGAGAAAGGGAAGCUUCUACUGGUGUAUGAUUUCAUGCCAAACGGCAGCUUGGAUGGUCACCUCUAUGGCACUUCCAGCCACGGCACUCUGAAUUGGAUUCAUCGAUACAAGAUACUGACCGGCAUAGCAUCAGCUUUGCAUUACCUCCACAACGAGUAUGACCAAAAGGUGGUGCAUCGUGACCUCAAGCCUAGUAACAUCUUGCUUGAUGUAGAUUACAAUGCUCGGCUAGGUGACUUUGGUCUUGCCCGAGCCCUGGAAAAUGAAAGGCAUUCCUAUGCUGAGCUUGGAUUAGCUGGAGUCCCUGGUACAAUGGGUUAUGUCGCCCCAGAGUGCUUUCACACAGGGAGUGCGACCCCCGAAUCUGAUGUUUUUGGCUUUGGGGCAGUGGUGCUUGAGGUUGUUUGUGGGAAGAGUCCUGGAAUCAAGACCCCACACCAGCAAGGUCUUUAUACUUUGGUUGAUUGGGUUUGGAUGUUACACCGUGAAGGGCAAAUUAUAGAAGCUGUGGAUGAACGCCUCAACAACGAGUUUGUGGUUGAUGAAGCAAAGAGGUUGUUACUGCUGGGGCUCGCAUGUUCACAUCCUAUUGCUAGUGAAAGGCCUAAAACUGAGGAUAUCUUCCAAAUUAUGAAUGGAACUCUACCGGUCCCUCGUGUCCCUCCAUUCAAGCCAGUCUUUCAAUGGCCUUCUGGUAUUCCUACACCUAUUAGCAUCAGUGACAAUUCACUUUCCAGCAUGGCAUUGUCUUCACAAGAUAGUGCUGGAAGGCGAAGUGCAGUAAAAACAACGCAGAAGAAUUCAAUACGUUCCCAGGUUUAAACUUCUUCAGCUUCAAGAAUGUGUAGACUACAAUGAUCAGCUAAAGGUACUAACUUUGGUGAGCCCUGGAAAAUUGAAGGCAUUCCCAAGCAGAGCUUGGAUCAUCUGGAGCCCUCAGUACAAUGGGUUAUGUUUCCCCAAAUGCUCUCCCUCGUUCCCUGAAUCUCAUGUUCAAACAGAGUUGUUCCAGGCAGAGGUACCAUCAUCAAGAUCCCACACCGCAAACGUUUUUUUGAUCUGUUGAUUCUGAAUACUAAUUAAUCCUUUGUUUCUUAACAAUAUUGGAGUGCUAUGAUUUGAGCCUAAAGUUACAUUUGGAUGACAUUUCUAGUAUUUAUUCGAGUAAAUGUCCAUGCUGACAUAGUGAAUAGCUCAAACGCAGAUGAAUUUCAGGAAGAAUACUAGCAGAUGUUCUUGUCUAUCAUGUUCUGAAUCAGUUGUUCACAUGUACAACCUUUUUUUUUUUUUUUUCUACAUGUAAGCACAACCUUUCUGAGGAAUACUGUCUUAGGAAUAGAUUAUUAAUACAUUUGCGGUUCUCAACUUAAUAAACUAUUAGCAGAUAGUCGUACAGAUACGGAAGCACUACUCGUUAGUAUCUCAAAAUUAUUAAAAAAGAAAAAAAAUCAAAGUAGCAAAAACGGUAAACUGUUGUAUAUUGAUUGAAUAAACUGUGAAAAUCUAGCAAAGAGGAUUGUUUCUGAAAGGAACGCACAUGGACAUUAAUGAACUUGAAGAAUACUUCGACAUUCAGACAGCCUCUUUAACUACAUAAGUGAUAUUGCAUCAUUCAAUGCAGAACUACAGUUAUGAUAUCUCUUUAGACUGAGACAUGGCAAAGUACUUAUUUAGCAAACACCAGAUUAAGUUCAGACCUCAACUAUAGCAGGAAAACAUUUGAUCAAAUUAUAAGGGAAUUAGAAGUUAGGCUUCAUGACAAUUUUUAAAUCAGACUGAAGGAAAGAAUCACUAUAUCCUCAGAUAAA